AUGGAGUUGGACAAAGUUGUAACUCAAAAUCAAACUUAUAUUAAUGAAAUCGAGAAGAAACCAACUCGGUCUACCAUAAAUCUACGGUUCGGAAGUGGUGGAGAUCCACAAAGACAAAGGGUUUUACUAUUGUGUGAAGAGGUUAGUGUAGUCAAUGUAGAAACUCCGAAUAUAGAGACGCAGGCACUGAUACUAUCCGAUCAAGAUGCAAAACUGUUAUUCUUUUCAAAAGACUUGGCGAAUCUAUUAAGCCUGCAAGGAACUAUAGAGAAAGAAAAGGCCCAACGAAAAUUUUCGGCAUCACUUGGAUACAAAGAUAUGAUUAAAAUGGAGCAGGAGUGUCGCGAAUUCCGAUUCGCGAGACUCCAACCAUACCCCAAACAAACAAAUAAAUUUCUUGUUGUAAAUAAAUGUUAA